AUGAACAGCCUCCGGAAGCAGUUCUACUUUACGCUCUUCUACUUUUUGACGUCCAUCUUCGCUAUCAUCAACACGAUACUGUACUUUUUCGUCACGCUGCCUCACGCAGGCUCUGGGGAUGACAGCUCACCUGCUGAGCCAGAACCUUCAGGUCUGGGCAUAUCAAAGUCGCCCACAGAGCUUCGAGACUUUGGCAUCAGUCAGUCACCUCUUCUGCCUUACGGCACUGCCGGAAAGACGCCACUCACGGACAUGUUUGGUGAGGGUUGGUUUGAGGCUUUUGCAAUACUGAACCUCUUCGUCAUCUCCACUUUGAUAGUUCUCGUCGAGAUUCUGUUUCUCAACAGCGUCAAGCGUCCAUAUGCCAUUGGUGCCCACAUCUUCGGGCUCCUUUUCCUUUCCGGGCUCUACGUAGCUUGGGCUGCUGUUGGCAGGACCGUCACGGGAACCGGUCCUUUCUGGCUAGACGGUGAUGAGGCAGGUUCGCGGGAGGCUGUUAUCGCAAACACGAUUGGUUUUGUCGUGCUGUCGCCGUUCAUAUUUGCCCUCGUCUACGGCUUUAUCGCGAUUCGAGAGACAAUUGUCAAGUCAUUCCAGCUUUCUCGCAUGCGAAUUGCUGCCGCCGCCGCUCGCGAUGAUUAAAUGGGGGGUUGCGAGCAGGAUGUGUGUGGACAACAGAGAGAAGUGGUAGGAUCUGGAGGAGCGUCCGCGGCUGUGCGGUCCACCUAGAACUGAUUCGUCUUGCGUAUCCUAAUAAAACCAUGCUUCCAACCCA